CCACACUCAGCUCAUGCAUAUUUCUGAAUAAGAGGACAGGGACAUUGUCACGGCUGGCCCUUUGUACGUACUGGUAACCCCUGAAGCAGGGCCACCUCUCAUAGGAGUCUUCAGUUCUGACGCAGCCUCCUUUAAGCUCAGCCUAGGGCAGCUGUAUGUGCCCCAUCAGGAAGUGGGGACAUGGCUCACAGUGGCUGUUACCCUGUCAGCCAAUGAGAGAUGGCUGAGGACUUUCACUUGGCCCUGCUGACUUCCAGCCAGCACGUACACAUGUAAACAUGCACACGCACAGGUGAACACACACGCACACCCACGCACACACGGGGACACCUUGGGAUAAGAACUGCUGCUCAGAACUCAGAAUGCAGCAGUGCCUGGACACCGUUGCUGGGACAAAGGUCUUCCAUGGUGCCAAAAUGGAACCUCUCCAAGAUGACAGUGGGGACGUGUCAAGCAAGAUUAAUGUCUCCUCCGCAUCAGGGCCGAAUCUUCCGCCUCCAGGGCCGAAUCUUCCACCUCCAGGGCCGAGUCUUCCGCCUCCAGGGCCGAAUCUUCUGACUCCAUACUACCCUCCUCCCGCAAGAGGCCCCUUCUUCCCCACCACGCCCCCUGACGCAGCCAUGUACCACACCAUGCUGAGGGCAUCGACCUCCAUGCCGAUCCAGGCCAUGUGCCCCUACUGCGGGAACUACAUCGUCACGGUGACCUCCCGGGUCCCAGGACUGCUCACCUGGCUGCUGUGUGCCAGUCUCUUCUUCUGUGGGCACAUCCCGAGCUCCCGGCACCCCCAGGACCUGGAAGGGGCAGAGGUUUAUGAAAACGGAGAGGGACAAAUCUUCCCAGGGCCCUGCAAGGCUCCCCACCGGCCCAGGUCUCGUCCUUCGGCCCUUCGCUCCUGCAGCCCUGCAACACCACAGAGGUGGCUGAAGGCAGAAGGCCUCAAGCUGGCCUUUGAAUGGGGAAAAGGAGGGAAAAGAUCCACUGCCGUUAAUUCCCCUCAAAAUACUCCCCUCGAGGUGACUGCUGCCGCCGAGCGCCAUCCAGCGGAAAGGCAGGCUCCUAAGGACAUCAUGUGGUGUCCUCCUCUACUUUAUCCAUGCAUCUGGCAGCGUAUGACUUCUGGCUCUCUCCCAAGGGCUGAGGGGCCAUGAAAAGGAAACAUUUUGAAUCUAUUCAGGACAUGGAGGCAGCCACAAUGGCACAACUAAAGACACUCACAAAAGAGGACUUCCAGAGCCGCGUCAGAAAGCGGCAAGAACAAUGGGAUAAGUGUUGGAAGCAAGGGGGAGUGUUUUUGGGGCGACUGAUGGCAAUGUGCCUUUUACUGUAAUAAAUUUUUAACAAUUU